CGAAAAUUUAAUGAUAAAUUCUGUUACUCUUCUUAAGCAAAAAAUCAUUGCAAUUGGUCUUGGAAACUCAUUUUCGUACAAACAUUUAACAUUUGGAGUCUUGACAUAUAAUCUUUUGAUUAAAUUCGAAUGUCGUUUACCGGAAAAAAAAAAUGUAAUGAUGAGUGUAUUAAACAAUGAUUUCGAAUUCAUAACCUCUUCAGUCUUCAUAUUAGACAAUUGUUUUCAAAUUUUACAUUAUUUUCGUCGAUUGAGUGGAGUGUAUUUUGGGAUUGAUUGUCACAACAAAUUAAGACAUUUUCUGUAAAACCUUGCAAAAAUUCCUCUUUGCAGAUUUCAAAAAAUAAGUUUCACACUCUGUGCAGCUAAUUUCUGGUGCAAAAUCCCCAAUCCACCAUUCCAUUUGACCGCAAAAAUUCAGUUCAAACCCGACGAAAUUGGGGAUCUUUUUUAUUCUUCCUCAUUUUGACUCGAUCAAUUUGGUGAAGAAAUUAAUUAAAGUUUCGAUAUCGCUCAAGAGAUUCAGGGCGGAAGCAGUUUAGUCAUGUUCUAUGGCGCGGCGGCGUGGGAUCCGUGGUUAAUAGUGGCGCAAAUUGUGUGUCUUCAAUGCCUGUACUACCUUAGUCUAGGGUUAUUCCUCUCGAUUCUCGUAGGUCCCCGCGUGUCGAAGAUGAGCCUGGUGUAUUUCUUCGAUUUCGCCACGGUUACUGCUUCCGCAGCUACUGGUUGGUGCGUUAUCGCUUCCAUUUUUCUCAGCUCUAUUGCCGGAGCUGGAGUUUUGGUCUAUUUAGUUGAAAGAGCAAGCAAAUGCUUUGAUUUUUCUGCUACCCUUUACAUCAUACAUCUUUUCAUUUGCUUGUUGUAUGGAGGUUGGCCCUCAUCAGUUACCUGGUGGGUUGUGAACAUUACUGGCUUAGCAGUGAUGGCACUGUUAAGUGAAUGUUUGUGCAUGAAACGCGAAUCACGAGACAUUCCAGUUGGAAGAUACAGAUCAAAUGUCUGAUAUUCGACGAGACGAUAAACUCACCGAGGCGACACUGCUGCCUGCUGCUGUUCAUUAGAUAAAUCAUCUCGAUCGCAAAUUAUUGUAUGAAAGUGGAGCUUUAUGAUCUCACAGUCACAAGUCUUGUCCAGAUUAAAUGUAAAUAUAUUGAUUGUGUUUGGAUUUUGAGAUUUAAAAUUGCAAGAGAUGUGAGAUUUUUGGCA